CGCCAAAAAAAAAAAAAAAAAAGAAAGAAAGAAAGAAAAAAUAGUAUUUAUUAGGAUUUCCUUUUAAGGUAUGUUGGGAGAGAACGUUACUUGUAAAAUUUGGAAUUCGAUUCAUUUAAGCCAAUUUGAGUUGGUUACAUGCCUGUCAUCAGGUAGAUGUUUUCUAUUAGGCAGGGGAAUGUUCUGUUUCCCAGAAAAUGAGUUUAGGAAAAUUUCUCAGAGAACAGAGUUCCAAGAAUUCUAGAAGAUAGAACCAAGCUAAAAAGGGGUUGGAAUUUAGAAGGGUGAGAGCAAUGGGGGUGGUAAUUAAUAGGGAAUUGUUUGUACUUGUUUUACAACUCAGUGACCUGUAGGAAAACCUAAGUUUGGGGCAGGGUUUUCAUUCGCCAUCAUUGAAGUCAUGCUUUUAUAUUUCUAGACCUUACUGUUCUUUGUUUUUAAACCCCAUCCCUGGUUCUCUGGCUGAUUUUGACUCCAAGGGCACAAGAGACUACAGUCCCCGGCAGAUGGCAGUUCGGGAGAAGGUGUUUGAUGUAAUCAUCAGCUGUUUCAAGCGCCACGGUGCAGAAGUAAUUGAUACACCUGUGUUUGAACUAAAGGAAACACUGACUGGAAAGUAUGGGGAAGACUCUAAGCUUAUCUAUGACCUGAAGGACCAAGGUGGGGAGCUGCUGUCUCUUCGCUAUGACCUCACUGUUCCUUUUGCUCGGUAUUUGGCAAUGAAUAAACUGACCAACAUUAAACGCUACCACAUAGCAAAAGUGUAUCGGCGGGAUAACCCAGCCAUGACCCGAGGCCGAUAUCGGGAAUUCUACCAGUGUGAUUUUGACAUUGCUGGGCAAUUUGACCCCAUGAUUCCUGAUGCAGAGUGCCUGAAGAUAAUGUGUGAGAUCCUGAGUUCACUCCAGAUAGGCGACUUCCUGGUCAAGGUGAAUGAUCGGCGCAUCCUAGAUGGGACGUUUGCCGUCUGUGGUGUUCCUGACAACAAGUUCCGCACCAUCUGCUCCUCAGUGGACAAGCUGGACAAGGUGUCCUGGGAGGAAGUAAAGAGUGAGAUGGUGGGAGAGAAGGGCCUGGCACCUGAGGUGGCUGACCGCAUUGGGGACUACGUCCAGCAGCAUGGUGGGGUAUCCCUGGUGGAACAGCUGCUCCAGGAUCCUAAAUUGUCCCAAAACAAGCAGGCCUUGGAGGGCCUGGGAGACCUGAAGCUGCUCUUUGAGUAUCUGACCUUGUUUGGCAUUGCUGACAAGAUCUCCUUCGACCUGAGCCUAGCUCGAGGGCUGGACUACUACACCGGGGUGAUCUUUGAGGCAGUGCUGCUACAGCCCCCAGCCCAGGCAGGGGAAGAGCCCCUGGGUGUGGGCAGUGUGGCGGCUGGAGGGCGCUAUGAUGGGCUGGUGGGCAUGUUUGAUCCCAAAGGGCGCAAGGUGCCAUGCGUGGGGCUCAGCAUUGGGGUAGAGCGGAUCUUCUCAAUCGUGGAGCAGAGGCUGGAGGCCGUGAAGGAGAAGGUACGGACCACAGAAACACAGGUGCUUGUGGCAUCUGCACAGAAGAAGCUGCUGGAGGAGAGACUGAAGCUCAUCUCAGAGUUAUGGGAUGCUGGGAUCAAGGCAGAGCUGCUCUACAAGAAGAACCCCAAGUUACUGAACCAGCUGCAGUACUGUGAGGAGGCAGGCAUCCCACUGGUGGCCAUCAUUGGUGAGCAAGAGCUCAAGGACGGGGUCAUCAAGCUCCGCUCGGUGGCCAGCAGGGAAGAGGUGGACGUCCGAAGAGAAGACCUCGUGGAGGAAAUCAGAAGGAAAACAAGCCAGCCCCUUUGCAUCUGCUGAGUUGAACUAUCAGAGGAAAGUGGGACUGGCACUAUUUAAGGCUAAGACAAAACUCUGCAUAUGUACUUCAGCAGCUUUGCACGUUUCCUUCCCAACAGGAAGACCUGAAGAGUGGUCAUAACA